AAUUUUACAUUCACUAUUCUUCUCAUUCUCAUCUUCUGUAGUUCGAUUCCUCUCAACUCUCAACCUCUCUGUAUCCCGACCUAGCACACAGAGAGAGAUGGAUCCAGAUUCAUUUCGGUCAACACUGUCAAGUUUAGCAUUCGGAAAUGUUAUUGCAGCAGCUGCCCGGGAUUAUAAAAAGGAACUGCUAGCUCAAGAUAAGGCACCGGCAUCCUCUACAGCCAAUGAAGAGGUUGAUCUUGAUGAGUUGAUGGAUGAUCCAGAGUUGGAAAAAUUGCAUGCUGACAGGAUUGCAGCCCUCAAGAAAGAAGCUGAGAAGCGGGACGCCUUGAAGAGAAAGGGUCAUGGUGAAUACAGAGAGAUAUCUGAAGGGGAUUUUUUAAGUGAAGUCACAGGGAGUGAGAAAGUGAUCUGCCACUUCUACCAUCGGGAAUUCUAUCGGUGCAAGAUAAUGGAUAAACAUUUGAAGUUACUUGCACCAAUGCAUGUUGAUACCAAGUUCAUCAAGAUAGAUGCUGAGAAUGCACCAUUCUUUGUUGCCAAACUAGCAGUGAAAACUCUGCCCUGUGUCAUACUAUUCAGAAAAGGAAUUGCAGUAGAUAGGCUAGUUGGAUUUCAAGAUCUAGGCAGCAAAGAUGAUUUUACCACAAAGACUCUAGAGAAUUUACUUGUGAAGAAAGGUAUAAUUAGCGACAAGAAAGAUGCAGAUGAAGACAAUGAUGAAGAUACCAGACGUAGGACUGUAAGGUCCUCCAUACAUUCCGGUUCUGAUUCAGACUGAACCAGAAAGAUGAAUUGCUCCUUUUCGCUCAUUUGAUCUUUUGACUUUUAAAAUGCAUGUUUUUGUAUGAUUACUAAAAUCAACAGCCCAAUGCAUAUUUUUGUAUGAUAA